AUGGCUGUUCUCAACGUAAAUUCAAGCUUUCCGCUCCCUGUGCUUAACAGUGCACUCGGGCUGACUGCACUGAUCGUAUCCUCGGUACUCUUUGCACUUGUCGCAUACGGCAUCUACAAUGCAUUUGUCCACCCCCUGGCCAAGGUCCCGGGGCCGAGGCUCUAUGGUGCCACCAACCUCCCGUACCUCUACUGGCUUCUUCGGGGACGGUGGCCUUUCGUUUUGAAAGAGCUCCACGACGUCUACGGCCCUGUGGUUCGCUUCACGCCAAGCGAUGUCUCGUUUACCACACCGACCGCGUGGCAGACCAUCUACGGCCACAAGAAGGCCGGCCAGCUCUCGUUCCAAAAGGACAAGCGUCUGUACCGAAGUGCUCUGACGCCCGCCGACAACAUCCUGUUGGCCGAUGAUGCAGCCCACAGUCGGCAACGACGUCUCCUCUCCCACGCCUUCUCGGAAAAGGCCCUCCGCGGCCAAGAGGACAUCUUGAACGGCUACCUUGACCUGCUGAUCCAAAAACUAACCGCCCAGGCCGAGGCCGGCAACGUGGUGAAUUUGGUGCAAUGGUACAAUUUCACCACAUUCGACAUCAUUGGAGACCUCUGCUUUGGGGAGCCGUUUGGAUGUCUUGCCGCCGGCGUCUAUCACCCCUGGGUCGCGACCAUCUUUGACGGCUUUCGCCUGGCAGUUUUUAACCAGGCCAUGAAGCGUCUGCCGAUCGCCGCGCCCAUUCUCCGACGCUUUAUUCCCCAAGCACUCGUCAAGGGCCAGAUGGAUCACCUCAAGUUGAGUUUCGAGAAGGCCAAGAAGAGGCUGGAGAGCGGCCGGACCGACCGUGAAGAUUUUAUGUCCUACAUUCUGCGGCACAAUGACGAAAAGGGCAUGACCAAGGACGAGAUUGGUGAGAAUUCCAACAUUCUGAUCUUGGCGGGGAGCGAGACCACGGCGACGCUGCUGAGUGGCACGUCGUAUUGGCUUCUCCGGAAUCCUCACAUCUAUGAGAAAUUGGUGCAGGAGAUCCGAUCCACUUUCGCCAAAGAAGAGGACAUCACCUCGGUAACUGUCACUAACGCAAAAUAUCUCCUUGCCGUUCUCAACGAAGGUCUUCGCAUCUAUCCGCCGUCACCGGGAGGUUUGGGCCGUGUCUCACCCAGUGGAGGCUCGGUCGUGGAUGGCUACUGGAUACCAGAAGGGACCGUGGUGUCCGUGCCCCAUUACGCGUCUUAUCACUCGCGCCGCAACUUCGCGAGCCCGGACGACUUCCACCCAGAGCGUUGGCUCAACGAUGCACGCUUCAGCAACGAUGUAAAAGAGGUGUUACAGCCGUUUCAGUUUGGACCUCGCAACUGCUUGGGCAAAAGUCUCGCCUACGUAGAGAUGCGAUUGAUCCUCGCGCGCAUGCUGUGGAACUUUGACAUGGAGCUGAUGCCGGAGAGUGAAACGUGGAAUGAGCAGCACAUUUUCUCGUUCUGGGACAAAGGCCCAUUGAACGUCAAGCUGACGCGUGUUCACCGAAGUGCAAGCGCCGAUGCUUAA